AUGUCUGAGGCGCAGGAAUCUCAGUGCAGUCAACGUCGUAAAUCAGUCGAUGCCCUUCAACUGGGUCCCAGGAAAAGACCGAGCGCAACUGACCCGUUGGUACACUAUGGCCGUCAUUUUGGGCGAACAAUCCACGCUCUCUGCAACUUUCAAGCCCUUCUUACGAAUGGAAUUUUACGGAUGGGAGAAUUGGCCGAGAUUCCAGAGGAAAACUUUACCGCAGAGGAACGGCGCGAGCAUCGUAUCUUUCAAGAGCUCCUCAAAUCUGUGGCAGGGCUGGAAGAACGCCUGAUGCAAGGCGGAGAUGAUGAAGUUGACGCUGUCGCUGAGUUGUUCACCAAAGGUGCAUCUGGCGCAAGGGGUGACGAUACUAAGAGCCUCAAAGGCAGCGUCCUCGACUGGAUUACUCCUAAGGGGCAGAGUCUUGUUCCUCCUCUUGCUCGCAACGUGAAAAUCGAUCGUGGUUUCCAUCACGAACGGACAGGUGCCUUGCUUUGUCCAGCUGGCCUCGACUGGUCUAAUGCAGAGACAAAAACUAAGCUACGAAAUGGCGAGAUUAUCGUGACCGGAGAUCAGUGGCCAUUGUUUCUGUACACUGACUAUCAUUACGACCCCGAGGAUCCAUGGAAUGGUCUGUUACGAAGUGCCUUAUUAUCACAGGCAUAUAAACACGUUUUCACGUCCCCCAGCUCCGUGGAUAAAGAACCAAAGGCCACUCGUUCAGGUAAUGCUCGGAUUCAUGGGAUGACCAGAGUUACUCUACCCUCCAUUGCAUACAUUGCAACACAGGUCCGUUUUUCGCUAACCUCAUCUCCCGUGUUCUCGCGUACGGACACGGUCACUGACUCGGAAAGGUUCUACAACUCCAUUUUGGAGGUGUUCGAAGACCCGGAUGAGAAACAAGAGGUAGAUGACCUAGUUGUCUGGUGGAAUAGGCAAAUUUUCCCUUCGUACUCGAGCGCCCAGCGUCCUCUCGUGAAGAACAGUGCGUUGGCGAGGAUUCGGGAGAAGCGAGCACGAAUGAAAGAGCCGGGUUCAGUCCCUGAUGGUAGUAGCGGCAGUAUGUAG